AUGCGCUCGGCUCCUGAUUGGCCGCUCGCCACGCACCGCGCGCGGAUUGGUGGUGCUGCUCGCCCGGCUCCCCUUCUACGGCUCUCGUCCCUGGCGGCCCCUUGGACGCCCGGCCUCGGAUCCUGCUGGGAAAAUGGCGACUGCGACGAGGGAAGCUCACCUUCCACUCCCACGAUGCAGAUCCACAAGGAACCGGAUGCUGACAGGGGGGUUGUGGCCCUGGCCCUCUUGCCGGCCAACCCUCUUUCCGUGACCCGCAUACUCUCUGGGAAUCUCAAGAUCCGUUUCUUGGCGGAUGCCUUUAUUGAGGACGUUUCCUCCUCCUUCCAGACGCGGUUUCUAUCUUCCACUUCCCAUCCCGUUCUAUUUCGUGUCCAACUCCGAACCAAAAAGCGCUGGUCUGCUUCCUGGGAUCAACGACUUUCAUCACUCUCCUUCAACCCCAAGUUUAAUUUCUUGUAA